UACUUAAUUAAUAGUAUGCAGAUUGAGCAGGUCAAAAUAUGAAGUUGAGAUUUACCUUCAAAGCCUCGGCCUCCCGCUAGCAUACGCAUCUCAUGCAAGUGCACGCCGCCACGCGCCUUCGACAAUGGCGGCCACCACAUCCCGAUCCCCACUCGCCCCUCUCUAUUCCCAGAUCCAAAACCCUAAAACCAAUCCCUUCUUCACCCUCAAGCUCCCUGAACUACGACCCAACAUCUCUCGUCACGCCUGCAGUAGCACCAGAAGUAAUAGACGGAAAAUCCAAGCAAUCGAGCUGCAAAAGAUCAUCGAGGACUACCCUUAUGAGUUUAAUUCUAAAGAUUCUCCCACUUCACUUCCUCGGCCUCUGACUUCUGCUCAACUGUCUAAUUUGACCUCCGAAGGGUCUCGUCUCCGCGUUGCCUAUCAGGGGGUUCGAGGUGCGUACAGUGAAUCUGCAGCCGAGAAGGCAUAUCCCAAUUGUGAAGCAGUUCCAUGUGAACAAUUUGACACGGCUUUUGAAGCUGUUGAAAGGUGGCUUGUGGAUAGAGCAGUUUUGCCUAUAGAAAAUUCUUUAGGUGGCAGCAUUCACAGGAAUUAUGACCUUCUUCUCCGACAUAGGUUGCAUAUCGUAGGUGAAGUUAAACUUGCAAUCAGACAUUGCUUACUAGCUAACCAUGACGUCAAGGUUGAAGACCUUAAGAGGGUUCUUAGCCAUCCACAGGCUCUUGCACAGUGUGAGAACACAUUAACUCAAUUAGGGCUUGUUAGAGAAGCUGUGGAUGAUACUGCUGGUGCAGCAAAGCAUGUUGCUUUCCAUAAACUCAAGGAUGCUGGUGCAGUUGCUAGCAUGACUGCUGCUAAAAUCUAUGGUCUGAAUGUACUUGCUGAGGACAUACAGGAUGAUUCUGAUAAUGUCACUCGAUUCCUUAUGCUGGCUAGGGAGCCUAUCAUACCAGGCACUGAUAAACCUUUCAAGACCAGUAUAGUCUUCUCACUUGAGGAAGGUCCUGGGAUGCUUUUUAAAGCACUUGCUGUAUUUGCUAUGAGGAAUAUCAACCUUACGAAGAUUGAAAGUCGUCCACUUCCAAAGCGGGCUCUACAAACACCUGAUGAGAAUGCCACUUGCUUCCCUAAGUACUUCCCGUAUCUUUUCUAUGUUGAUUUUGAAGCAUCCAUGGCAGAUGAAAGAGCUCAAAAUGCUCUUGGUCAUCUGAAGGAGUUUGCAACAUUUAUGAGGGUGCUUGGAAGCUACCCUGCAGACAACGGCCUUCCAUAAGAAGAAUUCUUGUAAGGUCUUCCCAUUUGGAUGAUAUAUGUUCAUAUCCAAAAGAAGAAAGUUUUUAAGGAGUUUGUACAAUGUGUUCGCUAAUGCAAAAUUGAAUAACAUUAUGCUAGAGAAGAGCAAGCGCCAUGAGCUGUCAGCAUAAGUUGCAAUUCACCAAUGCUGUUAUUCUUUCAUGUAAUUACUUAAUUUUGCUUUUCACUUCUUUUUGCCCGAUCCAUCGUGGGUGGAGAGAUAGGGACAUGUGAUCCAAGAACCACACUGCACUUCUUUACAAUUGAUUAUAUUUUUGGUCAAUCAAGUUAGCUGUACUAACACUUAAGAAAUUUUUUGAAGAGAAGGAGAUCUUUGAUCCUCCUGUGUUGUUUUAUUGCAGCUGAACCAUUUGUUGACUUGGACAUCGAGCUUCGAUAUUUUAUAUGUUCUGUUGAA